AUGCAUAAAUAUCUCAGUGCCGACGGUACCUACGAGGUGUCUCUCUAUACCAAUGUGGUGGUCCGCUCCAAUGGCAGCAUCAUGUGGCUGCCCCCUGCCAUCUACAAGAGUGCCUGCAAGAUCGAGGUGAAGCACUUCCCCUUUGACCAGCAGAACUGCACCCUCAAGUUCCGUUCUUGGACCUACGACCACACGGAGAUCGACAUGGUCCUCAAGUCGCCCACGGCCAGCAUGGAUGACUUCACCCCCAGUGGUGAAUGGGACAUAGUUGCCCUCCCUGGGCGAAGGACGGUGAACCCGCAGGACCCCAGCUACGUGGACGUGACUUACGACUUCAUCAUCAAGCGCAAGCCGCUCUUCUACACCAUCAACCUCAUCAUCCCCUGCGUGCUCAUCACCUCCCUGGCCAUCCUCGUCUUCUACCUGCCCUCCGACUGUGGCGAGAAGAUGACGCUGUGCAUCUCUGUGCUUCUGGCACUCACCGUCUUCCUGCUGCUCAUCUCCAAGAUCGUGCCGCCCACCUCCCUCGACGUGCCGCUCAUCGGCAAAUACCUCAUGUUCACCAUGGUGCUGGUUACCUUCUCCAUCGUCACCAGCGUCUGUGUGCUCAACGUGCACCACCGCUCACCCAGCACGCACACCAUGGCGCCCUGGGUCAAGCGCUGCUUCCUACACAAGCUGCCCACUUUCCUUUUCAUGAAGCGCCCUGACAGCAGCCCCUCCAGGGCCCCCCAGCCCAGCCAGGCUCACCUGACCAAGUCCAAGGCCACCACCACCGCCUUGGCCAUGGGCCCCGCCAGCUCCUCCAACCUCUACGGGAACUCCAUGUACUUUGUGAACCCUGCCUCUGCAGCUCCCAAGUCUCCAGCCGGCUCUGACUCAGCGGGUAUCCCCAGGGAUUUCCGGCUGAGGUCUUCUGGGAGGUUCAAGCAGGAUGUGCAGGAGGCUUUAGAGGGUGUUAGCUUCAUUGCCCAGCACAUGAAGAGUGACGAUCAGGACCAGAGUGUCAUUGAGGACUGGAAGUACGUGGCCAUGGUGGUGGACCGGCUGUUCCUGUGGGUGUUCGUGGUUGUGUGUGUGCUCGGCACCGUGGGGCUCUUCCUACCUCCCCUCUUCCAGACCCACACACCUUCUGAAGGGCCCUAG